CUUUAUGUUUCAAGACACAUUGUGUCACUCAGGGAAGAGGCCGCUGGGAAAUUGUGGGCUCUUUAUCACCUGCAAAGUACCCUGGGAAGUAAUCUAGCAAUGGCGGACCAAGAAGGAAAUAUAUUUUCUUUUGACGAACUUGUAAAUAUUUUCAGUUAUCUUUCGCCUGGAGAACUUUCUAAAUGCUCUCAAGUCUGCAAAAAUUGGUAUGAAGCCUCCCAAGUUGGUUCUUUAUGGAAGAAGCAUUGUUUGCAGAAAUGGAACUUCUGUCAUCUGGGAAAACUGAAACCUGGUUCGUGCGUUAGAAAUAAUUAUUUUCAAAAUGGGAAUUUCUCACCAGUUUUUUUAUUCUCUCCCAUCCCUCCAUUACAGUGAUGCACAGAGACUGUAGGACUGUGUUAGAGCUUGUUUACUCUCUUAGAUAAUGGCAUGUUCCAAUAUUCAAAGGGAGAGCGGAAGGGAACGCUAUUUAGUGGUGGAAAAAUGUCUUUAUUUAGUAUCAAGACAAUUUGCCAAAGUCUCAGUAUUGAUACUGUUGAGUUUCAUCUCUUAACAAACCAUUUAUUUCUGUAAUUAUGUGACAAUGAGUGACAAUCAAUGACAAAGGAGUUGAAACGCCCUCCUAUGUUUAUAUGAAUACUGGAAAAUCAUUGCAUCUCUCAUACACUUGAUUUUAGCCCCCUAACCCAAAAUCAGUGUUGCGUUUUAUAUUGCAGAGGCUUAAUGCAUUCAAACUAGCACAAAAUUUAUUAUAGGAAGUAGGGAAAUACAGGAUGAAAUUAAAUUCUUACUAUUUUUAUAGUUUUAAAAUUACAACAACUUCAUCUGUUGCUUUUCGAACCUUGAUAUCUACCAGUAUCUACUUUUUCUACAAUUGAUCUAUUAUACUUUCUAUUGAUAGAUUUAGGUAGGCAUGGUUGUCUUAAAGACUGUGAAUGUGUUAUGUUAUAAAUGUCACUUUAAACAUAACAUAGAUGUCAUUUAAGGCUUUAAUUCCUAUGAGUGACUAAGACAGAAUUUCUCCUCACAAUAUCAAUACAAUAUCAACCAGAUAAGUGAUGAAAAUAAAGAAACAUAUCAAUUUGGGGAUAAUUAGUUGAUUCAAUAAUAGAUUCUUUGAACUAACAUUAUGAGAAUUGUAUGGUUGAAAGUAAGGAGAAUUACAAAUUUGAUGUGGUAGUUAAAGGGUUAAGAAGGUCGUCAUCAAGAAUAAAUAAUUGAUUUGAUUUCUUCCUCUUUCAAGGAGAGAGAACAUGGCAGAGGUACUAUGUGGCUCGGAAUAAGAUUGAAACUGGUGUAGCCACAGGGAGGCCAGGCCAAGAUUAUGUAUGCAAAACAUUACGUGGGCAUAAGGGCCAGAUCACAGAUGCAGUUUUUGUCACAAGCAAUGAUGUUUAUAAUGAGGAAAUAAUUGAGAAGAAUGUCUAUCCAAUUGUUGCAAGCUGCAGUCAAGACAAGUCUGUAUGUGUAUGGAAUGUGCGAGAAGGAAGAAGUUUGUGGAAGAGGCAAUCUCAUGAAUCAUCAGUUGCCUGUCUAACAGUUUUCUCCAAUAAUACUCUGAUGGCAAGUGGAGAUGUUGGAGGGAACAUCAAGUUGUGGGACAUAAAUACAGAGCAAGCCUCUCCUUUGCAAGGCAGCCAUUCUGCUGUCGUAACCUCAAUGGUGUGUGGAAAAGAUGUAAUUGGACAAGAGAGAGGUGGAGACCAACUUCUUUUUGUUGGGUUCAGAGAUGGCUAUGUUAAGAUGUGGGAUCCACGGCAGACAUUAAGUCCUCAAUAUGAGCUAACAUGUUCAUUUGGGUUAAAUUGUGUGAAACUUCAAUCUGACCAUCUUAUGGCUGUAGCCUCUAAGUCUGAAAGCACCAUCAAGAUAUUUGAUAUAAGACACCUUGCACCAGACUGCUGGAAGAGCCCUGAGAUGCAAAUCCUUCAGCAUCCAUCUGAUUCAGUUGUGACUUGCUUUAGUUGGGUUCAUGGCAAACAGAACCAAAUUAUUGCAGGGUUCAACAUUGGUGAUGUCAUCCUCUGGAAUACAGACACUAGGCAGCAGAUUCAUUGUUUUCAGGGACACAUAGGAGAGGUGUCAUGUAUCAAUACGAGGGGAUCAACUUUGGUAACUGCUGGCCAUGAUCAUACUGUCCGUUUGUGGGAUUUAAACUCACUUGAGGCAUUACAAACCCAUACUAGUCAUGAGGGACCGAUUACAGGGCUGUAUAUUGACAGUUACAGAGUGAUAUCUUGCUCAAGGGAUUACUCCAUCAGAACUUACUGUUGGUCAAAGAGUUCAAACAAUCUAGACAGUAAAUACACUCUCCUUGGCGGCUCACUGCAAAGAGCAGGGAAUGGAUUUGAAAAAGUACUUUGUGAUUACUCUACAUGUGUUGGUAUGGCAAAUGAUGUUUUAAAAGCAUACUCUUUUCAGGUAUAA